AUACAGGCUCUGCGUCGGGCGACCGAAUGACUGUGGCGUCCUGACGCAGCAAUUUAAGCCCUGCGCAUGUGUCGACGGGAGGUCAGAGAAAGACGGGAAAGACGAUGUUAGCGAAACUGAUCGGACCGAGAUACGUGCAGCUUGCUAAGACCUGGCUCCCCACGCUGUCUGCCUGGGGUGCGGUGGGCGGGGUCACGCUGGUCUAUGCCACUGACUGGCGGGUGAUUCUCGACUACGUGCCCUACAUCAACGGCAAGUUCAAGAAGGACGAGUAGCCAUGGCGAUGCUACAGCGGUCAGUGCCGGAGGGGACCCCGCGCUGGAGUUCACUGACGUGCAGGACUGCAGAGCGAUGAGGAUUAUUUUUGUUUUUUUUAUUUAAGUGAUCAAUAAAAUAAAACUUUCAUCUGCA